AUGUCUUCCCAACCUCUCCUUCAGACCACUCCCGGUAAGCGCAUUGCUUUGCCAACCCGCGUCGAACCCAAGGUCUUCUUCGCGAACGAACGAACUUUCCUGUCAUGGCUCAACUUCACCGUCAUUCUCGGUGCCCUCGCCAUCGGCAUGCUGAACUUCGGUGAUAGAGUCGCCUUCAUCUCUGCAUUCCUCUUCACUGGUGUCGCUAUGUUGACCAUGAUAUAUGCAUUGGUGACGUACCAUUGGCGAGCCAAGUCUAUAAGAAUGAAGGGUCAGGCUGGCUUUGAUGACCGUUUUGGUCCCACCGUUCUGGCUAUCAUUCUUCUACUGGCCGUUAUUGUCAACUUUGUCCUCCGAAUCACCGACAAGUCCAAGAACAAUGGUAACUAG